AAUUGUUUGCAGGAAUUGUCAACCAUUGAUGAUCUACCUGCAAGUAAUGUGGAACUUGAACCAGAAAGGAUAGAAGAUGGGAAAGAUGGAGGUCCUGCCUUCCAUUGUGAUCUUUACGAUACAGAAUUAGUUCACAAGAUAGCUCAAGUUUUCAUCCCUGGAUUAGCUACAGCUUGUGUUGACAAUACAUCUGGUGAUAUCUUCUGGACCCCUGCUUCAGUGGCUGCUGAUGUGAGAAAGGAGAUGGUGGAGUAUAUCACUCAGAGAAGUGAAAAUUUUGUUGCAGAAUCAGUUAUCUUAGAAGGUGGCGCAGAUGCACAAGUAUCUGAUCAUCCUUAUGAUAUAAUUUCUGAUUUUGUUGAUGACUUUGCAAGUUCCAAGAGAAAUUUGUUUAGUCGGGUUUCAGGAUGGUUGCUAAGUGAAAAAAGAGAAGAUAAGAUAGAUGAUUUCGUGCAAGAGAUGGAAAUAAAUGGGUUUUGGUUGCUUGAUAGAAGAGAAACAAUAGCUCAGUCUUUGCUAAAGAAUGUGGACUUUAAGAAUGAACACCACUGCAAUAUGAAAUUUAACUCUCCUGUGGAGCUUGCAGAGCAUGUUUCAGACUGCAGUUUUAGGUCUAUGACUUGCACAAAUCGAGGAUGUAGUACCGUUUUUUGUGCAAGUCACAAGGAGAAACAUGACUCAAUUUGCCCCCUCAAGAUUAUUCCAUGUGAACAAAACUGCUGCAGUACCAUCAUGAGACGCGACAUGGACAGACAUUGUAUUACUGUCUGUCCAAUGAAGCUUGUUAGUUGUCCUUUCUAUGCGGUGGGUUGUCAAUCUCCUGUUCCGCACUGUAAAGUUGAGCAACAUAAUUCAGAUGAUCUCCAUUCUCACUUGCUUUUUGUUCUUCAAAGUAUUCACAAGGAAGCAUCGGUGGAGGAUCUGGAAAAACAGCUGGAGCGACUGAAAAAAGUGAGUUUCAUGGUAUUUUCCUUGCAUUUAUGUUAA